CACCAAACCGAACCGUCGACGACCAUCACCUCACCCAGCAAUCACGAUGGUUCGAUACGCCGCCACCGAGAUCGCGCCCGCGAAGUCGGCCCGCGCCCGCGGUGCCUACCUCCGUGUGUCCUUCAAGAACACCCGCGAGACCGCCCAGGCCAUCAACGGCUGGAAGCUGGAGCGUGCCCUGACCUUCCUCGAGAACGUCAGGACGAAGACUGAGGCUGUCCCCAUGCGCCGCUACGCCGGCUCUACCGGCCGCACCGCCCAGGGCAAGCAGUUCGGUGUCUCCAAGGCCCGCUGGCCCGUCAAGUCUGCCGACUUCCUCCUCGGCCUUCUCCGCAACGCUCAGUCCAACGCCGACGCCAAGGGCCUCGACACCGGCAACCUCGUCGUCAAGCACAUCCAGGUCAACCAGGCCCCCAAGCAGCGCAGGCGCACGUACCGUGCCCACGGCCGCAUCAACCCCUACAUGUCCAACCCCUGCCACAUCGAGCUCAUCCUCACCGAGGGCGAGGAGGUCGUUCAGAAGUCCGAGGCCGUCGUCGGCCGUGAGCACCUCUCCUCCAGGCAGCGUGGUGUCCGCGCCCGCAAGGCCAUCACCUCCGCCUAAGCGACAUGAUCUCUCCCCCAAACGCAUCAUUUCUCUUGAGGGCCCCCUGGUGAUUUUCUGCCCGGUCGGGUUUUAGACAAAGCGAGAGGCAGGAGGGCCAGGUUCGAGGCAAGCGGAACAACAGGGCGGGCGUCGGUCGGGCGGGAAACGAAAUUGCGAAUAAUGCAUAUGGCCUCCACCCUUAUGCGUUGCGGCUCUCUUUCUCGUUCAUUUGCUAU